AUGGCCACGAAUGGGACUAGUCUCCGCAGGUCCUGCCAGGGCUGCGUCAAGGUCAAGCGACGCUGCGACCUGCUCUUCCCAGACUGCACGCGGUGCCUGAAAAAGGGCGUUCGCUGCCAGUACGUCAACAUCCCCCUGUCGUCGGCCCAGUCCACCGUGGUCACAGAGAACCGCAUCACCAAAUCCACCCAUCAUGCUCGAUCUGAGCCCCACCAGGCAGUUACAAGCAUCGCCAACAAUGGGAACGAUAUUAUUGUGCUGCGUGUGACUGGCUCGUUUUCAUCGGCCAAGUGCUCAAACUACUUUUCGCUUUCCAUUCCGCCGUCUAUGGAGAUGGAGAUCCGCAAACCCCGUACCCCGGAUAUCAUCUACAUGGUGGCCAGCAUCGUGCAGCAGGCCCCCGUCCUUUUCGCCCAAGGCCAUUCGCCAUUUAUCCACCCUUGCUUGUACGGCAAGGCCUUGCCGCGGCCUAUUCGAGAGAUGCGUGAUUUGUGUAAUUUAUGUCUCGCUGACGGCCGCCUGAGUUCUUCGAAGCUGUAUCAGCUACUUCAGCGGCAGACCUUGUCGCUUUUACAGGCCGCGAAAAAGGCCGGCAAUUUUGAAGAACUCCUUGCCUGCGUGCAAGGGCUGGUGCUGGCGCAGUGCAUUCAAUUGACCAAUGACAAGAUGAACGCCCAGACCGUCAACAAGCUCAAUGAUAUCAUCGUCCAUUUAUCGCGAAAGCUAUGGUCCCAAGUGCCCCAGGAACUGCCAAGCACCAUGACACCUUGGCGAGCAUGGUUGUUUGCCGAGAGCGUCCGGAGGACCAUUAUUUACUCGCACAUUGCCAGCGCCGCGCACUCGCUUAUGACGCUAGGUUAUGCCUGCCGCACGCCGUUUGUCGAUGCGUUGCCCUUUGACAGCCGCACAUGGCUGUGGGAAGUCCAGUCAGAGGACCACUGGGCAAAACUCAACUCGAAUGUCAACUUGCCUAUGGUGUCGCUCUAUGAAUACACAACCUUUUUGGAAUUUGGCCAAUCCCAGCCCUACUCCAACUUUGAAAGCGUCAUCGUCGCUACCUGCAGGGGAAAAGAAAUACCCAUUCAAGACCCUAGCACGAUUAUUGAGGCGGUCUGA